AUGCCGAAUUCGCUGGUUGAACCUUAUUGUAAAAAAGGCUACGAAGAUGUCAAAAUUGGUGUGAUAUCUUAUGAAAAGAUUAUGGCUCAAUGCAUAGUGGAUUCAGUGCCUCCAGUAAACAGAUUCUUUUGGACUUACAAUACUUCAGAAGGAGUUUUUCCAGUUCAAGGAGCUAAGAUGCAAAAUAAAGGAAAUGUUUCUCUUUUGCACUUUCCUGGCGAUUCAAACGAUGUCACUUCUCUACAAUGUUGGGCGGAAAAUGAUGUGGGAAAACAGCAGUCUCCGUGCUAUUUUCGUAUACUACCAGCAGAACCACCUGAAUCCCCGAAAGCCUGCCUUAUAAGAAACGCAAGUCGAGGUGGUGUUGAGGUUUCCUGUAUAGCAGGUAACGAUGGAGGACUUCAUCAAAGCUUCGUGUUAGAAGUGAACGACAUUUCUGGUCCAGCACCACCAGGUAUCCAAUCCUCAACAUUAAACGAUCAAGGAGAAGGUGAAUCUCCAUCAUACAGAGUCCUUGGAGACCGGCCCUUAUUCCGCUUAUUAAAUCUUAGACCAAACAGAGAAUAUCAAGCAGUAGUUUACGCUGAAAAUGCUAGAGGACGCAGCGAUCCACCAGUGCAACUCCCUUUCAUACAAGUGAAACAAGAAUCGUCAUCGUCUGAAGAACUUUUGAAGGAUGGCUCUCAAGUAUAUGAAAUCUCAAACAUUCCAAAUUCCAAGAAAACUUUAGGUUCCCAAACCAACCAAAAUCUCACAAUACUCAUUUCUGGAGUUUCAGCAGCAGCAGUUUUGCUGAUUUUAGCUAUAAUCAUAGCUGCUACUGUCAAUGCUUGCAGAAAAUCACCUUCACGUGCUGCUCCAGUGAGAAGAAGAGAACGUAGAAGCAGCAAGCCACCCAGCGAACUAGAACUAUCUGAAGCUGGAUUUGGGGAAGGUUUUCAUAGGAGAAGUGCUUUUUACAGAGCCAGCAUGUAUGGGGAAUGUGAGGAACGCAUAUCACGGCUUAUAGAAGGAGUUUCAUUAUUUAAACCCACAGCUGCCAUGACAAGAGGGAUGAGAUUAGAAAAAAAGGUGAAAGAAGCAAUAGAAAAAAAAAAAAUUAAAGUUAAAUUUAGUGAUGCUGGAAUAAAAUUAAGUCCAAAAUAUGUAAUUUUUGGGGCAUCACCUGAUGCUAUAUGCGAUGAUUACGUGGUUGAAAUCAAAUGUCCUCAAUCAGAAAAAACCGUUGUAAAUUAUCUGACCAAAGAAAAAAAAAUUACUUCCAAAUACAAGGCUCAAAUUCAACUGCAAAUGUUUAUGUUUGAGAAGAAGAAAUGUUUAUUUUGUGUGGCUGAUUCAAAUUUUGAAAACAAUUUGAAAUUUUAUCAUGUUUGGGAAGAAUUUGAUAGAGAAUACAUAAAUUUUUUGAUGGAUGCAGCCGAAUGCUUUUGGCGUGAUAAUAUUUUUGUUCAUUUAUAUAAUUCUGUAAAAAUAAAUAAAUAG